AUGGGUGCUGCUUACUCAGCCUCCACACACAACGCCGUCACAACGAUCGGCGUUGCUACCUCAGCCUCCACACACAACGACGUCACCACGAUCGGCGCAUCUACUUCAGCCAUCGCACUCAACACCGUCAACACGAUCGGCGCUGCUACUUCAGCCUGCACACACAACGCCGUCACCAAGAUGGGCGCUGCUUACUCAGCCUCCACACACAACGCCGUCACAACAAUCGGCGCUGCUAUCUUAACCUCCACACACAACGACGUCACCACGAUCGGCGCAUCUACUUCAGCCAUUGCACCAAACGCCGUCACCACGAUCGGCGCUGCUACUUCAGCCUGCACACACAACGCCGUCACCAAGAUGGGCGCUGCUUACUCAGCCUCCACACACAACGCCGUAACCACGAUCGGCACUGCUACCUCAGCCUCCACACACAACGCCGUCACCACGAUCGGCGCUGCUACUUCAACCAUCGCACUCAACGCCGUUACCACGAUCGGCGCUGCUACAUCAGCUUGCACACACAACGCCGUCACUAAGAUCGGCGCUACUACUUCAGCCUCCACACACAACGCCGUCACCACGAUCAGCACUGCUACUCUAGACUACACACACAGCGCAGUCACCGUGAUUGGCGCUACUACUUCGAGACCAACGAACAACGCCGUCACCACGAUUGGCGCUGCUACUUUAGCCUGCACAAACAUCGCCGUCACCCUGAUCGCCACUGCUACUUCAGCCUCCACACACAACUCGGUCACCACGAUCGGCACUGCUACUUCAGCCUCCACACACAAUGCCGUCACCACGAUUGGCACUGCUACUUUAGACUCACCACUCAACGCUGUCUACACGAUCGGUGAUGCUACUACAGCUUCCGCAAAAAGCGCCGUCGCCACAAUCUGUGCUGUAUCUUAA